CUACUGCUGCUGCUGCUGCUUCUCCCAUUUCGAGUACUGCGUCUGAAGCCGCCUUCCUCGCUGUCAACCCCCCCGUCUGCUCUCGGUAGCAGAAGGAAACCCUAGAAUUAUUAUAUAUACUUGUUUAAUGUUUAUCUUUCUUUAGCUCUCCACUCUCAAGUCCCAAGAAGAAAGCGGCUCCUCCUCUCUCCGCUUCCCUUCUUUAAUGGUGUGUGGUAUGAAGGACUAGAUACAUAGAUGAGGCGGAAGAAGAAGGCUUCCGUAGGCGGAGCCGACAGACCCUAUUCCCACCGCCGGAGCCGUGGUGGCGAUCUAUUCUUCUGCUUUGGUUCCCGCCCUUCUGCCGCUGCCGCUGCGCCGUCUUCUUCGUCAUCGUCCGCCGCGGCAGCAGCCAUGCGCGCGCCGUCCUCCAAGUCCCUACUCAGCCCCGGGCGCGGCCGCGACCCGGCGGCGGCGCCCUUCCUGUCGUCCUCCCUCAGCCGACGCCUCCGGAACAGCGGCAGCGUCAAGGGCGCCCAGUCCCCAAUGUUCCCCACGGUGGUAGCCGGGAGGCGGAAAGGCGUCGCCUUUGAGGCUGCGGAGCCGUCCUCCCCCAAGGUGACCUGCAUCGGCCAGGUGCGCGUCAAGAGCAAGAAAAAGAAGGCGGCGGCGGCGGCCGCCGCGGCCGCGGCUGCUGCUGCCGCUGCCGCCAAAGGCAAGGCGUCGGUGAUGCGCUCGCGAUCUAUGAGGGGAAGCGGGAGGGAGGCGAGCUUCCGGAGGACGGAGGACAUGGGCGGAGCGGGGGAGUGCUUACCGAGCAGGAACCAGAGGUGGGUGUAUCACCUCCCGGUCAGCAUUUGCGAGGCGCUGAGGGCAUUCGGGUCGGAGUUUAAUUGCUUCUUCCCCUGUGGCGGAAGAUCCCUCUGUUCCUCCUCGUCUUCCUCGAGAUCGGCCGAAGGAAGGGAGGGAGGGUGCGGCGAAAGGAGGUCGAACUCGUGCGGAGCAGUGUUCGCGAGGUGGUUGAUGGCAGUUCCGGACACCGAGGAGGGAAACGGACGAGAAAUCGUGGGUGUGGCAGUCGAGGAUGGAAGGGACAGAGAGAUGGGAAUGGUAAUCAAAGAGAGGUUGAGGAGAGAGGAUUUGGAGUUCGGGAUCGAGACGGAGAAGACCGAAGAGGUGGUAAUGGUGGUGGAGAAAAGGGAGGAGAAGGAAGAGGAAGAGGAAGAGGAAGAGGAAGAGGAAGCGAGGGUCAGCAUUUGCAUUCCUCCCAGGAAUGCUCUGCUGCUGAUGAGGUGCAGAUCUGAUCCGGUCAGGAUGGCGGCAUUGGCGAGCCGAUUCUGGGAUUCGCCGGCCAUGCAGGUGCGCGUGGAAGAGGAGGACGCAGAAGAGGAGGAAGAUGGUGACGAUGACAAUAGAGAUCAACAUGGGGAGCGUAAUGAGGAAGUGAGGGGAGAAGAGAGGGAUGAUGAAACUGCUCAAACUGCGGAACCAUAUCGUGAAGAGGAGGGAGUAGAAGAAAGCCAUCAAGGAGUGAUUUUGAGUGAAGAACUGAUGAAAGCUUCUGAUGGAACAGAGGCACAAGAAGAGGAGGUGAAGCCGAAUCCAGUCGAUGAAAGGCAAAAUAAGGACGAGGAUCUCAUAACGGGGACUGCAGCUGAGCCUGUCGAAGCGAUCGGUAACUCGGAAAGGGAUCAAAAAGAGCAAGAAGUAGAAGCAGCUGAAGUUGAGUAUUCUCGGUUAAAAGAAAAGCCAGAAGAAAAAGAGAUGACGAAUGAUACUCCUCCGAAGGAUAGAGAAGCAGAGAAGGAAGAGGAUAAAGGAAGGAGAACCAGCAGCUGCUCGUCCACAGCAGAUAAAGAGGAGAGGAGAUCAAGCAGGCUUGCUUCCAAAUCGAAGGAGGGAUCAAGAAGGCACAGCUCUGCGUUGAGGGAGAGGGACAAGCGGCGACAUAGCUUCUCCACAGAGCGGGAGGUGGGAAGACCGAGCUUGGGAAGACCAAGCUUUGGCGGUGAGAAGGAAGUGAGGAGAGCUAGCUUCUCCAUUGAAGCGAAGGGGAGGUGGAGCUUCUCCAUUGAGAAGGAUGGUCUGAGACUAGAAGAGGAAGUAACGGAUGAAGCAAAGAAGACCAAAAAAGAAUGCUUCCCGGAGAAGAAGGGUCCGAAUGGCAACAUGGAAGUCCAAUACUCGCAUACCAAGGAAAAAGAAGGUAACGAGGGGGGAGAUAAAAGAGGCAGAAAGCAAUGCGGAGUAGAACGCGAAGCUGGGGAGAAAGGAGAGGAGGAGGAGAAGGGCACGGAGCUGCCCGACUGCCUUCUACUUAUGAUGUAUGAGCCCAAGUUGUCCAUGGAGGUCUCCAAAGAAACUUGGGUCUGUAGCACUGACUUCCUCCAGUGGCGUCUCCACCACCCCAACUAUCGGCCUUGUCACCCUUCGAAACCAGUCGCUGCUGGCGCCACAGCUACCACCACCGGCGCUGGCAAAGUCGGCACCAGAGCGGAUGAAGUAACUAAAGGUGAAGCAAGCAUGGAGAUCACUGAUGAUAGGAGCAGUGAUAAUAAGGAAACAGUCUCUCCUAUCCAGGAGGCACCACAGCCUUCGUCGUUGCCUUCACCACCAGUGUUGCCCACUGUGUCGGACAAGGAUAAGAAGCUGAGAGGUAAUGCUGGUGUGCUGCCAUCACCGGCACCGGCUCCAGCAUAUGGGCCGUUCGUGCUAACACGGUGCAAAUCGGAGCCAAUGAGGUCGUCGGCAAAGAUGGCACCCGAUGCUUGCUUUUGGAAGGAUAGACAUCGGCCAAUUGGGGCCACCGGAAUCGGAUUCUGAGCUGAUACCAUCCAAAUUAAAUGAUUUUGACCGGACCUUAGACAAGAUGCUGAGCCAGAAAUGCAUCUUUUCUGUCUGGCUAAAGCUUGAAGAGAAGGUAUUGAAAUGAAAGGGAAACAGCUUUGGAUAGGUGGUGAUUGGUUUCUCAUGGCCAAAUGGAGAUGAGCUUUCAAGAAGGAAACAGCUCUGCGAGUGGGUGCUGAUAUUGAUGUACAUCACCUUCCCACAGCCAGCAGGAAGAAGUCUGUCAAGGCUUGGCCACAAUGACCCCGUCGUAGGGCCGGAGGUCUUCUUUCUGCCUGCCACUCUAAAAAGAGACGAGGGAAUGAGCAUGGAAACCAUUUCCUCUCUUUCCCUUCCUCCACUAUCCGCCAUUACUGGUGAGAGACCACCAUCUGUAGCAGCUUUUUCUCCCCUGAAAGCCUUUGUACGGUAAAGGCGAUCGCCAUUCCUUUUCCUCUGUUUCUCGGCCCCCAUCAUUUUGCCAUGGAACAUUCCCUCAAAGCAAAGGAGUUGGAAGGAGACGAAGCAGAAACCCGAUGCGUCAGAUGAUCCAAAUGAUUCCGACCCGAGUCCAUACACGGCUCCAGUUUCUUGCUUGGAUCAGGUUGAGGAUGACCCAGCUCUGUCUUAACCUGAUCAAUUAAGCCAGCAAAAUGAAUUGAUUGGGUGCUACAAAUACACCACCAACGACUGCAUCUUUUGAUAUCUAGCAAUCCAAGAUGGAAUGCCGCUGAGUGGAUGUUCUACUUGUCGCAUAGUGUCUCGAGCAACGAGAGAAUCUAACUGAUGACUUCAAUUGUGUUUUCGACUCAUAUAGCCACCUCUUUUGAGCGUAAUAAGAUA